AUGAGCCAACAAAAUAGUCAAGUUACUAGUCCUAUUAUCACUGAAGAAGAACAACAGAAAAUUUUAGAAAAUUUCGAAGAAUAUCAAAAAAUUCUAAAGAAUAUUAAAAAACAAAAAGAAAAAGAAGAAAAAGAAAGAAUUCAAAUAGAAAUCAAUGAAUUGGAAAAAGAAAUAGAAGAAAAAAUCAAAAGAAAGAAUAAGUUAGAAACAAGAUUGGGAAUGAUCACUAUAAAAGAACACAAAAAAGAAAAUCAUAUUUCACAAAGAUUAGGAGAACUUAAUACAAAACAAGAAAGAUUCUACCCAGAAGAAAUUAAUCAAAAUCAUCAAGAAACAAUCCAACAGGAGAAAUUUUACCCAGAAGAAAUUAACCAACAGAAUGAACUAUAUCCAGAAAACAAAAAAUAUGAAAAAGAAUGGAAAA